AUGGACCCCCUCUCCCUCCUGCAGCUCCCUCGCGCAUCGCGCCCGCCUCUCCCGCUGGCCGCGGCCGCCGCGCCAUUGAGCUCCAGGAGGCUAAACGUAAGCGGCGGCGCGCGCCCCGUGCCGAGGCGGCUGCAACGCCGCGCCGCGCGGCUGUCCGUGUCCGCCGUGGCGACCGAGACGCCGCAGACCGAGCAGGAGCAGCCGUCGCCGUCCGGGAAGGAGCGGUUCGACUGGCUGGACCAGUGGUACCCAUUCGCCCCCGUGUGCGACCUCGACCCGCGCGCGCCGCACGGCAAGACGGUGCUGGGGCUCAGCGUCGUGGCCUGGUACGACCGCGGCGCCGGCGAGUGGCGCGUGUUCGACGACGCCUGCCCGCACCGCCUCGCGCCGUUCUCCGAGGGCCGGAUCGACGACAAGGGCCGCCUCCAGUGCGUCUACCACGGCUGGUGCUUUGACGGCGCCGGCGCCUGCAAGUUCAUCCCCCAGGCACCCGCCCUCGGCCCGCCGGUGCACACGAACCCCAAGGCUUGCGUGGCGUCGUACCCCUGCGUGGUGCAGAACAACAUCCUGUGGUUCUACCCGAGGGCCGACCCCGAGUACAAGGACGUGCUGCAGAGGAAGCAGCCGCCGCUCAUCCCUGAGAUCGACGACCCGGAGUUCGUCACCGUCUAUGGCAUCAGAGACCUCCCUUACGGGUAUGACAUUUUGAUUGAGAACCUUCUGGAUCCUGCCCAUGUCCCGUAUGCACACAAGGGGAUCAUACGCGGCAUCCGCAAGAAGGAAGAUCCUGGAAGAUAUGUCCCUGAUCUAACACGAGUAUCUUCUCUUAUGUUUGGCAUUGCUAAUGAAGUUGUUCUGCCAGUCCAUACAAUUCGUUGGGCUUACUCAGUUGCUGACAAUGCUUGUUGCUUGGCAUGCUGCAUAGCUGAUAGGAGUUGUUUAUUUUUCUUCACAGUUGAGUAUGAUAAAGAGGGUGGCGGUCCAGCCAAGAUGAAGAUCGAGCAGGCAAACAUACAAGGGUUUGUGUCGCCGCAGGAGCGGGGCUACUUCCAGUUCAUCGCGCCCUGCACGUCGUUGGCCGGACCGUUUCCACAAGAGGACAAGAAGAAGAAGGUGCCUCGGGUCAUGCUGGUGUUCUUCUGCAUUCCGGUCGGUCCUGGCAGGAGCAGGGUGAUCUGGGCGUUCCCGAGGAACAUUGGGGUCUGGCUCCACCACAUCACACCACGGUGGCUGUACCACGUUGGCCAGAAUCUUGUAUUGGAUUCAGACAUUUUCCUCCUCCACGUUGAGGAGCGUAAAUUUGCCGCAGCAGGGCUCGAUAACUGGCAGAAAGCUUGCUAUGUGCCAACGUCGGCGGACAGCAUGGUGGUCGCCUUCAGGAACUGGUUCAGAAAAUUCUCCAAGAAUCAGAUCGGCUGGGCAACCCCACAAAUCGAUCAGCUGCCACCAACACCAACCAAGGAUCAGCUCAUGGAGAGGUACUGGUCACACGUGGCGCAGUGCACAAGCUGCAGCGCCGCGCUGAAGGCCAUGAAGGCGCUCGAGGUUGCCCUGCAGGUCGCCUCGGUCGCCAUCGUCGGGUUUCUUGCCGUCACCAAGGGAACGCUGGUCACCUCGACUGUUCAGAGGGCCGCCGUCGUGUCGGCGGCCGUGCUAUGCUUCGCUGCGUCCCGCUGGCUUGCCAACUUCAUCCAGAAGAACUUCUACUUCCAAGAUUACAUCCACGCCUACAAGUGA